UUUUCACAGCAGGUAUCUGGCAGGAUUUGUCCCCGAAGGCCAGGGAAGCAUGUGCUGUGCCAUUCAAAAGGCAGAAGUGGUGGAUGGGACUCACUUGCUGCAGGUCCUCUGGCACAGUGGGGAGGAGUCUCUCUACCCAGCCAUAUGGCUGAGAGACAACUGCCAGUGCUCCGACUGCUACCUGGAUUCCGCGAAAGCCCGGAAACUCCUCGUCGAAGCUCUUGAUGUCAACAUUGGUAUCAGAAGCUUAACUUUUGACAAAAAGAAGGUGUACAUCACGUGGCCUGAUGAACAUUACAGUGAAUUUGGUGCCGAUUGGUUGAAGAAAAGAUGUUUUACUCAACAGGCCAGAGCAAAACUCCAAAGAGAGCUGUUUCUGCCAGAAUGCCAGUACUGGGGUUCAGAGCUCGAGCUACCUACCCUGGAUUUUGAUGACGUUUUAAAACAUGAUGAACAGGCAUACAAGUGGCUCUCUACCCUCAAGAAAAUAGGCAUCGUGCGUCUGACAGGGGCAUCUGACAAGCGAGGAGAAAUCAUAAAACUUGGGAAAAGGAUUGGUUUCCUCUAUCUCACAUUUUACGGACAUACUUGGCAAGUGCAAGACAAAAUUGAUGCAAAUAAUGUGGCUUACACAACUGGGAAGCUAAGCUUUCACACUGAUUAUCCAGCUCUCCAUCAUCCACCUGGGGUUCAGCUUUUGCACUGCAUAAAGCAAACUGUCACAGGAGGUGAGACUGAAAUUGUGGAUGGAUAUAACGUAUGCCGAAAGCUCAAGGAAAAAAAUCCACGGGCAUUCCACAUUCUGGCCUCUACGUUUGUGGAUUUCACAGACAUUGGGGUGGAUUACUGUGAUUUCUCUGUACAAUCUAAACACAAAAUUAUAGAGUUAGAUGAAAAAGGUCAAGUGGUUCGCAUCAACUUCAAUAAUGCAACCAGAGACACAAUAUUUGAUAUACCUGUUGAAAGAGUUCAGCCAUUCUAUGCUGCCCUGAAGGAGUUUGUUGACCUUAUGAACAGCAAAGAAUUCAAGGUUAUCUUCAAGAUGAAUCCAGGUGAUGUGAUUACUUUUGACAACUGGCGCUUACUGCACGGGCGACGCAGCUAUGAAGCAGGCACUGAGAUAUCUCGCCAUCUGGAAGGAGCUUAUGCUGACUGGGACGUAGUGAUGUCAAGGCUUCGUAUCUUAAGACAGAUUGUUGAGAACGGAAACUGACUCUUUUUUUUGUCUGUAACUUUAGAAGAUUUCAAUGAGUAGAUUUAACAAGAUACGGUAUGAUUAGUCACAGAUUUUGGUCCAGUAAACCUUCAUAUUAAUUUCUUCAACACUGAAUGCAUAAUUCUCCCAUAAAAAACUGUUUGCUUGGCAAUUAUAUACGAUGUCAAAUUUAUAGCUAUUGGAGUAGUGGGCUCUCUUCACCAAAUAAGGCACCCCUUCUACUCUAUCAUUUACAUGCUUGAUUUAGUUUGCCCACAUACUGUAACUACACAGUGUCUACAAAUAGUUUUUAAUCACAUAAAACCUUUCUACAAAUAAAAAGUUUUUGUAAAUAAACCCUUUGUUACAAGUAAAGCUUGUGUUUCAAAUAAAACUUGUCUCAAAUCAUGCUUCUA